AUGGAACAGAAGAAAGGUAUAUGGGACAGAAGACAGGUAUAUGGAACAGAAGACAGGUAUAUGGACAGAAGUGGGUAUAUGGAACGAAGACAGUAUGGAACAGAAGACAGGUAUAUGGAACAGAAGACAGGCAUAUGGGACAGAAGACAGGUAUUUGGAACAGAAGACAGGUAUAUGGAACAGAAGACAGUAUAUGGAACAGAAGACAGGUAUAUGGAACAGAAGAAGGUAUAUGGGACAGAAGACAGGUAUUGGAACAGAAAGACAGGUAUAUGGAACAGAAGACAGGUAUAUGGGACAGAAGACAGGUAUAUGGAACAGAAGACAGGUAUAUGGAACAGAAGACAGGUAUAUGGAACAGAAGACAGGUAUAUGGAACAGAAGACAGGUAUGGAACGAAGACAGGUAUAUGGAACAGAAACAGGUAUAUGGAACAGAAGACAGGUAUAUGGAACGAAGACGGUAUAUGGAACAGAAGACGAGCAUAUGGGACAGAAGACAGGUAUUUGGAAUAGAAGACAGGUAUAUGGAACGAAGACAGUAUGGAACAGAAGACAGUAUAUGGAACAGAAGACAGGUAUAUGGAACAGAAGACAGGUAUUUGGAAUAGAAGACAGGUAUAUGGAACAGAAGCAGUAA